AUGCGAACCAUUCUGCCUGAGAAGAGGCUUUUAGUUGGAGCGCCCCAAGAAAAAGCCCAGCCCCAGCUCAGCAAAUUCAACAUUAAUGAAACCGGAGGCGUGUAUUACUGUCCCAUCACCAUCGACCAGCAUGACUGCAGGAGGAUGGACCUCAUCAGUCCACCGCAGUCGACUGAGAUGGUGGAGGGCAUGUGGCUGGGAGUGACCGUGGCCAGUCAGAGGAAUGGAGGACGUGUUCUGGCAUGUGGUCAUCGCUAUGUAAAGAAACUGCUGGGUGCUGAGGAGCAGCAGCGUAUGGUGGGCAAAUGUUACGUGCGGGGCAACGACCUGACCUACGACCCGUCUGAUUACUGGCAGUCUGACACUUACGAGCUCUGCGACUUCAACUAUGACCAGAACCUGGAGGGCAUGUGUAACAUGGGCAUCUCAGGGGGCAUGACGGAGAAUGACGUGUACUUUGGGACGCCCGGCAGCUUUGUGUGGCAGGGAACUGUCCAUAUGAAAGAGAGAGACCCCAACUCCGAUUUUGCUGGAGAUGCCAAUGAAAUAACUUUUGGAAAGCUAGGCGAGGACAGACUCAACAUCUAUAUAGGUUACUCUGUGCUGGAGGACAUAAAGUUACUGGAUCGCUCGAAGUACACUGUGGUGACGGGGGCUCCCAGAGACCAUUUCAAAGGUUCAGUGAUCCUUGCAGAAAAACAAGAUUUGGUUCUUAACCCAGUGACGACGAUCCCAGGGGAACAAAUAGGGUCGUAUUUCGGCGGCUGCUUGGCGGUGACCGACCUCAACAAUGACGACUGGAACGACCUGAUCGUUGGAGCUCCGUUCUACUUCGACCGCUACAAGGAGGAGGGAGGAGCAGUUUACAUCUUCAUGAACGAGAACGGAUCCUUCCAGGAAAAGGCCAGCUUGGUUCUGAAGGGUAAAAAAGGCUCAGGGUUUGGAUUUGCUGUUGCUGCGCUGGGGGACGUAAAUCAGGAUGGAUUUCAAGAUUUUGCUGUUGGUGCUCCGUUCCAUGACUCUGGGAAAGUCUAUAUAUGGAUGGGAAGUAAAAAUGGAAUAAAUAAAGAACCCAGCCAGGCGAUCGAGGGGAAAUCAUUAGGUCCCAGUGGCUUUCAGACGUUCGGCUACUCUCUCAGUGGAGGAAUGGAUAUGGAUGGAAAUGAUUAUCCUGACAUUUUGGUGGGCUCCAUGGAUGACCGCAUCGCUCUCUUGAGGGCUCGUCCGGUCAUCCACCUCUCCACAAACUUCACAGUAGAGCCAAAGAUUGUGAUUCCAAGCCAGUGUGUUAAUUCCUGCAUAAAGGUGACGGUGUGUUUCAGUUACUCUCUCAGCAAUGGAAACAAAGCCUUCAGGAAGGCCAUCACUGUGAAGUACACAGUAGACGCUGACCAGAAUCGCCGUGGCGCUCGAGUCCGUUUUCUUAACAACAAGCAAAGCACAUUUACAAGCCAGCUGUCUUUCUCUGCUCCCGCAUGUCAAGAACUGGAACUUACUGUUAAUAUUCCUGUGAGGGAUAAACUUCAGCCCAUAGCGUUUACUCUGAACGUGUCUCUAAACGAGCAGAAGGCAGCAGCACAGCAAACACUCCAGAGUCUAGACGAUUUCCCUGUGCUGAGCGGCCAGCAGAUCCUGACCGACAAAACAGAGAUUAACUUUCACAAGGAGUGUGGUGAUGACAACAAGUGCAGCAGUAACCUGCAGCUCAAAGCCACAUUUGCAGAUGAGAAUCACAUUCCCUUCCCCGGUCAGACGAUGGAGUUCAACAGUAACAUUAAGAAGCUGGUGAUGAUGGUGGAAGUUACUAACACGCCGGAUGGAGGCAGGCAGGCCGAGGACGCCCAUCAAGGCAUGCUGAACAUCACCAUUCCCCCCUCACUCAAAUACUCAGGAGUGCGCCCUCAGCCUGGUUUCGAUAUUGAGUGCAGCGCAAACGAGACUGUGAUUUGCGAUCUGGGAAACCCAUUUAAAAGCAAUCAGAAGGCCUCAUUCAUAAUCAUCUUUGAGACUUCUGGUAUAACGCUUUACACCGAGCAGAUUGAAUCUCAGCUUCAGCUCUCCACUAUCAGUGAGCAGAAGAAUCUGUAUCCUGUUCCUGUCACCCUCAACGUGAAGAACACAGUCCUCACUACCUUUUCCUUAGAAAAAUCAGUGAUUGACACGUCGUUCAGUGGCAGUGUGAUUGGUGAAUCUGCUAUGAACAGCACCAGUGAUGUGGGGAGUCCGCUGGAGUUCGUGUUUCGUGUACACGUGCUGGGAGAACCUCUGAGAGAUUUGGGAACUCUGAUGAUUGACUUUGAAUGGCCAUUUGAGGUAACCAAUGGGAAAUGGCUGCUGUAUCUCACAGAGAUAGUGAUCAAAGGAGCGUCAGAGUCGCGUUGUGUCCCACCGGGGAAGGUUGUCAACCCUCUCAACCUCACACUGUCAGAUCGAGCUACCAAACGGUCCAAAAGAGAGUUGGAGUCAGGAUAUCCCUAUGCAGAAGCUUCUGUCACCGUCCAGGCACCUCGUAAAGUGUCCCAUUUGCUGGAGUGUUCAAAGCUGACGGCUCGCUGCAUGACCUUCUCCUGCCCGCUGCAUAACAUGUUGACUCGGGCGGAGAUCAGAGUUAGGUCUCGCAUGUGGAACAGCACCUUGCUGGAGGAUUACGCCAAUGCCCUGCGAGUGGAAGUGAAGGGCCAGGCCACGCUGAGACUGCUGACGGAUAAACCGGCCAUCAAAAUGGACAACCAGAUCAGAGAGUUUUCAGUAAACAUUGAUCCAGUGCUGGGAGAGGAGACGCCGUAUGAAGUUCCUCUCUGGAUCAUCAUUGCUGCAGCGGUUGCAGGGAUACUGUUAUUAGGCAUCAUCAGUCUCAUUCUGUGGAAGUGCGGUUUCUUCCGACGAGCCAGCAGGAGGGAGAUGUAUGAGGCCAAAUCCCAGAAAGCAGAAAUAAAGAUCCAGCCCUCUGAGACAGAGAGGCUGACGGAGGAAUACUGAGCCUACGCUAUGGCAGCACUGUUAGGGCCCUUCGUGCGGUUUCUUCAAAAGGACCGUUUACUACAGGAUAAUGCCAAAGUACCAUGGAGUGAAAGUACGCAAAGAGGAACGCUAUAACUUGGCCUUUCAGCCCGAGCAAGAACUGAGCAAGAAACCCUGGGUCACCAACUGGACAGAAAUGCAUGAAUAUUACUACUGACCUCUUCACCUCUCUCCGUCCAGAGCCUGGGGAGCGUGAUGAUUGGAGGAUGUCUUUUAUUAACCCUGUCUCAACUCAGCAGACACUGGCGUUUGGAGCCGCCAAUCACGCAGUGAGAACGUUUCGAAAUGUUUGUUGGUCUGUGUGCAAUAUCGUGAUUUGUAGACCAUUAAACCGCUUUCAACGAAGCCAGAGUAUUGUCUGGGACGUCCUUGACUUAGUAAUGAGCAACUGAUUUAUUUUCCUAGUUUGAAAUCUUUAAAUCUUGCUUUGUGUGUUUCAUUGCAAUUUAAAUUUCAUUCCAUUGUAAUAUUUUUUUUUUUAAUGUCACUAUACUAGUUCCCCUUUCCAGAGCCUUGGGUCAUUUUACUCAUUGAGAUAAGAAGAUCUUUUCCAUCAUGCUGUAACUGAUUUGAAACCAGUUCUGAUCAAACAGCACUGAGGAAAUAGACUCGAUUUUCAAGUUCCAAUUGCUUUGUCUUUGGACACUUAUUUUGCAACACUGCAUAAGAACUGCUCCAAUUUUUUUUCCAGCUACUUCCUCCCAUGGAGGAAGACUACAGUGUUUAAGUGUGUAAAAUGUUUGCCCAAACCAUCAUGUUCCUGUCAGCAUUAGUUGGGUGAAUCUCUCUCUCUCUCUCUCUC